ACACCAUGUGAUAGAAUUUCGACUUUGUUAGGAACAGUUCGUGCUGAACUACUUAUUACAAAUACGUCUUGGGAGUGAAACAGCCACACUCUAGAUUUCAGAACAUCCAUUCUAGAAAGCUAAUCGCGAGUUCUGGAGUGUUUGGCCUUUAACAUUGUAGCUGGCAUGGAUGAUUUGUUACAUUUUGAUGACUUGAGCACACUGACAAGCUGUCCUCAGCAGCUAAUGCGAGUGCCAUGGCUCACAAGGUUCAACACUGCACUCAGUGACUCCCUCGUAAACACCUUAUGGAUCAGAAUAUAGCGCUCCGAGCUUCUCACCUUUACCACUAAUACAGCCCAGGAAGUGGGAUACGCUAAUUGAAAAAAUGGAAGCCAAAGAAGAAGCCACUGUCUCUCUUCUUCACCACACCACACCUACAAACAAUGGCGACGAUGUCAUAACCAAUCAUGACUCCUUCAAUUUAGCCUAUAUAAUUUACCUCAUACUAGGAACAGGUAUGCUACUCCCUUGGAACGCCUUCAUCACAGCUGUAGACUACUUCAACUACCUCUACCCUGAUCGUAGCAUUGAUCGAAUCUUUGCUGUAGUUUACCAGUCUGUGUCUCUUCUCUGUCUCCUCCUCAUCGUAUUCUGCUUCCGCAAGUUCCAUGCCUAUGUUCGUAUCAACAUCGGCUUGGGCCUCUUCUUAAUAGCCCUCCUUGUGGUGCCUCUGAUGGAUUGGUUUUACAUUAGGGGACAAAGUGGACUCUAUGAUGGAUUUUAUGUGACUAUUGGAGUUGUGGGCCUCUCUGGUGUCGCCAAUGCGCUUGUCCAAGGUAGUAUCAUUGGUUCUGCUGCUGAGUUGCCGGAGCGAUACAUGCAGGCUGUUGUUUCUGGUACUUCUGCCUCAGGUGUCCUUGUUUCGUUGAUGAGAAUCUUUACCAAAGCUGUAUAUCCUCAAGGCAGCAACGAUGGGUUAAGAAACAGUGCCAUCCUUUACUUCAUCGUCGCAAUUUUAUUCAUGGUUAUAUGUUUUAUCUUAUUCAAUGUGGUAAGUCGACUUCCUGUUAUCAAACACCACAACAGCAAGCUUCGAAAUGAGCCGGAACUCAUUCAGGAGGAAUUGCCUUUGUCUGCUUCCAUUUGGGAAACCAUACAGAAAAUCAGAUGGUAUGGUUUUGGGAUCACCCUCGUAUAUAUUGUUGCCCUGUCAAUUUUCCCAGGGUCUGUUACUGAAGAUGUGCAUUCGACAGCUCUUGGGGAUUGGUAUGCGAUUCUGUUAAUUACUUGUUACAAUGUUUUCGAUUUGAUUGGCAAGUCUUUGACUGCUGUCUAUCUUCUUAAGAAUGCGAACAUUGCUUUGGGUGCAAGUUUCACGCGACUGUUGUUUUAUCCACUGUACUUAGGAUGUUUACAUGGUCCUCAAUUCUUCCGAACUGAAAUUCCUGUUAUAAGCUUGACAUCGUUGUUGGGGUUUACUACUGGAUACUUUGCGAGCGUGCUCAUGAUUUUGACUCCCAAAAUGGUACAGCUUCAACAUUCUGAAACAGCUGGGAUUUUGGUUGUGGUGUUUUUGAUUCUUGGCUUAGCUAUUGGCUCAAUUUUUUCUUGGUUUUGGGUUAUAUGAUAAACAAGUACUACGACAUUCAAAAUUAAAGGUAGCAAGAGCUCCUUUUUGUGUAAUUUUAUGCACAUAAUUAAUGUUUGUUAUGAUGCAGAGUAAAUGUAUAUAUAGUUGUAUACCUUCACUUUCUGAAAUUAAUUGUACGUAUCUAGCUAAUACUUCAAAUUA